CUUGAGGAGCCAGUCUAGGGCCUAAGCGCAGACGCACUAAGCCCAAGCAGCCGGUGAUGGCGGCAGCAGCGGCGGUGGUUGCGGCGGGUCCGGGCCCAUGAGGCGACGACGGAGGCGGGACGGCUUUUACCCAGCGCCGGACUUCCGAGACAGGGAAGCUGAGGACAUGGCAGGAGUGUUUGACAUAGACCUGGACCAGCCAGAGGACGCGGGCUCUGAGGAUGAGCUGGAGGAGGGGGGUCAGUUAAAUGAAAGCAUGGACCAUGGGGGAGUUGGACCAUAUGAACUUGGCAUGGAACAUUGUGAGAAAUUUGAAAUUUCGGAAACUAGUGUGAACAGAGGGCCAGAAAAAAUCAGACCAGAAUGUUUCGAGCUACUUCGGGUACUUGGUAAAGGGGGCUAUGGAAAGGUUUUUCAAGUACGGAAAGUAACAGGAGCAAAUACUGGGAAAAUAUUUGCCAUGAAGGUGCUUAAAAAGGCAAUGAUAGUAAGAAAUGCUAAAGAUACAGCUCAUACAAAAGCAGAACGGAAUAUUCUGGAGGAAGUAAAGCAUCCCUUCAUUGUGGAUUUAAUUUAUGCCUUUCAGACCGGUGGAAAACUCUACCUCAUCCUUGAGUAUCUCAGCGGAGGAGAAUUAUUUAUGCAGUUAGAAAGAGAAGGAAUAUUUAUGGAAGACACAGCCUGCUUUUACUUGGCAGAAAUCUCCAUGGCUUUGGGGCAUUUACAUCAAAAGGGGAUCAUCUACAGAGACCUGAAGCCGGAGAAUAUCAUGCUAAAUCACCAAGGUCAUGUGAAACUAACAGACUUUGGACUAUGCAAGGAAUCUAUUCAUGAUGGAACAGUCACACACACAUUUUGUGGAACAAUAGAAUACAUGGCCCCUGAAAUCUUGAUGAGAAGUGGCCACAAUCGUGCUGUGGAUUGGUGGAGUUUGGGAGCAUUAAUGUAUGACAUGCUGACUGGAGCACCCCCGUUCACUGGGGAGAAUAGAAAGAAAACAAUUGACAAAAUCCUCAAAUGUAAACUCAAUUUGCCUCCCUACCUCACACAAGAAGCCAGAGAUCUGCUUAAAAAGCUGCUGAAAAGAAAUGCUGCUUCUCGUCUUGGAGCUGGUCCUGGGGAUGCUGGAGAAGUUCAAGCUCAUCCAUUCUUCAGGCAUAUUAAUUGGGAAGAACUGCUGGCUAGGAAGGUGGAACCCCCUUUUAAACCUCUGUUGCAAUCUGAGGAGGAUGUGAGUCAGUUUGAUUCAAAGUUUACACGUCAGACACCUGUUGACAGCCCAGAUGACUCAACUCUCAGUGAAAGUGCCAACCAGGUCUUUCUGGGUUUUACAUAUGUUGCUCCAUCUGUACUUGAAAGUGUGAAAGAAAAAUUUUCCUUUGAACCAAAAAUCCGAUCACCUCGAAGAUUUAUUGGCAGCCCGCGAACACCUGUCAGUUCAGGAGCCUACGAAGUCCAGCAUCAAGGUUCUGGCAGAUUUGGUGUCUGAGAGAGACAGAGCAUGAGUCUGGAAGGGUCAGAGACAGAGGGAGACACAGAAUCUGAAGCAAGCUCCAGGCUUCGAGCUGCCCGACAUGGGGCUUGAACCCACAGACCACAAGAUCAUGACCCGAGCCGAAGACAGACACUUAAUCGACUGAGCCACCCAGGCACCCUGAAAUAGCAGAGUUUUGUGACAAGAUUUGCAUUUUCUGAAAAAUUCACAUGCUGAUCAUUUAUAGCAAUACAAGCUCAGUUAGGAGAUUAUUCCAAAUAGUUGGAAGUAGGAGAUGAGAAGCUCUUAAACUCCUCAGUAAAAUGGGAUUCAUGAGAUUGGAGGGGUUAAAAGGAGAUAGAAUCAUAGAAUCAAUAAGAUUAAGUGUAAAUUGUUGCAGUUAUGCCUUCCUUCUCAAGCCAAUUGUUCAUGCCCACCUAUUCCAUACUCUUGGGUAGUCCCCUCCCAGACGGACUAACUCAUGUGACUUGCUGUGGCCAUUGGGAUAAUAGCAGUUGUAAUUUAGCAGGGACUUGAAGGAUGUUUGCACAUUUGGGACUUGCUGUUUUAUUGUUGACAACCCUUCUGCCACCAUGUAAUCAAAUCAGUCUUGCUUCCUAGAAGAUGAAGGACCACUUGGAGAGAGGCCCCAAGUGUCCCAGUGAUCUCAACCUUCCCAUUUGAGGCCCCAAACAUAUGUGUGAGGCCAUCCUAGACUGUCCAGCUCCAACUAAGAUGGUUCAGACCAGAAGAAUCAGCUAGUCAACCCACAGAAUCACAGGACAUAAUAAAUAUUUACUUUUAAGCCCUCAGAUUUGGAGCAGUUUGUUUCAUAACAAAAGUUAACUGAUACCCUAAACGACCACGUAGAUGUGGAUUGGAUAAGAAGUCAUCUAAGAUGAAUCUCUCCUUUGUAGCUUGAGUGGGUGGAUAAAUCAAUAUUGGAAAGCUAUGAAUAUUAGAACAAGUAAAUUGGUGGUAUUACCAAAGAUAAUGAGAAAUAUGUAUUUUUAAAGACAAGUUUUGGGAGGGAUAACAAUAAAUUCAGUUGUGGAAAUAGAAUCUUAGGAGUUCUUGGAAUAUACAGGUGAAGAUAUCCAUUGACUGUGAUAUAAAGAUCUGGAGAUCAUAACUUUGGAGUAAAAGCUGUGGCUUUGAAUGACAUUGACCAAUUCUCAUUUAUUAGUUUUGGGAGCUUUCUUUGUAGAUUCCUUAAUAUUCUGUACUUAGACAUUGUUGUCUAUUACCAGAUACAACUUCUAACUUUCUAAUCUGUAUGCUUUUUAUUUCUUAUUGUAUUGGUUUGAACUGCCAUUACAUGUUGAAUAGGAAUGGUGAGAGUAGAUGUCCUAGUCCUGUUCCUGAUUUUAGGGAGAAAACAGGAAAAAUAGUCUUUUACUAUUAAGUGUUACCUAUAGUUUUUUGGGGUUUUUUUGUAGGUGUCAUUUUUUUCAAGUUAGGGAAGUUCCCUUCUUUUCUUAGAUUACUAAGAGUUUUUAUCAUGAAUAGAUGUUGAAUUCUGCCAAAUGCUUUUCCUGCCUUUAUUAAGAACUCAGUUUUUCUUCUUUAGUCUGUUAAUAUGAUGAAUUAUGUCAGUUAAUUUUUAAAUGUUGACUCAGCCUUGAAUUUCCAGAAUAAAACACAUUAGGUUGUAGUAUA